UGUCAAGCUUGUGAUUUGAGACGCGUCUCGGAGUUCAUAUGGCGCGCAUGGGAACGACAAAGUAACGCGUACUAUACCUGCAGUGUGGUGAUUUAACCAGAAAGUGGUUUGUUAUCAAACCACAUGUAAACAAUACCGUGCAAGACUAUAGCUGGAGAAUUUAUUGUAUUUUUUAAAUAUAUAUAUAUAGUUAGCUAAAAAUACACAAGGUGCUAUUUCAGGCUUGUAAUUACUAGCUAGCGUCUUGUUGAUUAGCCAUUAAGGCUACAUUAGGCGAGGUAGCUAGCUUUGGCGAAAUAAAUAACGAGGUGUUUGUUGUUGUAGUUGUUUUUUGUUUACUGUUUGUGAAAAUAUGGUUUUGUUAAAAAGUUUGCCUCCUCCUGCUGAGGGAGUUCGGCAUCAGCAGGCCGAGACUACAGCGGUUUUAGACGGGAAGGGACUCGGCACAGGGACGCUGUAUGUAGCCGAAGCGUGCCUGUCAUGGUUUGAUGGCUCAGGAAUGGGUUUUUCGCUGGAUUAUCCCUCCAUCAGCCUGCACGCCAUCUCCCGAGACCCGAGUGCUUAUCCACAGGAGCAUCUGUAUGUGAUGGUCAACAAAAAACUGAACGAUGAAAAUGAGGCUGAGAUGCGGGAGAAAGCUCUGGAUGAUGAAGGCGAAGAGGAGAGUGACGACGACAAUGAGGUCAUCACAGAGAUCCGAUUUGUGCCCAGUGAUAAAGCAGCUUUGGAGUCCAUGUUUUCCGCCAUGUGUGACUGCCAGGCUUUGCACCCUGACCCCGAGGACGCAGACUCUGAUAAUGAGGAGUUUGAAGGGGAGGAAGAGGAAGAAGAGGAGACCGGCCAGGGUGACAUACCCACGUUCUACACAUACGAAGAGGGUUUGUCGCACCUGACCACAGAGGGCCAGGCCACGCUGCAAAGACUCGAAGGGAUGCUCGCUCAGUCCGUCACGCAACAGUUCCACAUGGCUGGAGUUCGCACCGAUGAGCCAUCCGCUGAGUUUGAAGAUGGAAUGGAGGUCGACCCAAAUUCUGGAGUAGCUGGACAGUUUGACGAUGCUGAUGUUGAUCACUGACGCAGUAUACUUCACUGCUGGUAAACGAAGCACUUAAGGGGGCUCUGAGUGACUGGGACUCGUUCGGCAAGCCGUCUUCUCCUGUUUGCUCUCCACAUUAAGCGGAGCUGCUGGAUGUCUACACAGGUUUCGCCAAUGCCAGCACCAUUUCUGUUACUGUGUUGUUUUGUAUUCUUCCUUCAGACCAAAUUCUAAGUGCUCUCCGAAAGUAAGUCUCAUUUGUAUGAAUUGUCAUGAAAUAAAAUAGUUUUGUUUUUUGUAUAAAGCACUUGUCAUAGAUGCCUAUUUCCCUUCUAGUUGUGGAUUCAUUUUUUUUUUUCUUUCUUUGGAGCACUUAAAGCUUGAUGAAAGCAAGAAGUAGACAUUUUUGCACACCGUCUUUUCGGUUUCAUAACUCAGGAACCAUUUUAUUGUUCAGAACGGUGUGAUUGUUAGAUUCAGCUUUUUUAUUUUUUUUUGCAUGUGAAACUAUUAGUAUGAAAUUUGGGCUGGAAAAGCUGUAAACAUUCAGCAACAUUCAGUCUUCAAACUGCACUUAUACAAUAUAUGUGGUUUUUAACGUUGUAUGUGAUAUCUUGUUACAGUAACUCUUACUCACAAUGUUGUUUUGCGAGUCCUAAACAUGACUCGGCACUCUGUAUAAGCAUAAACAGGAGUUUUGUAAUGAUGAGCCACAAUAAAAUAUCCUUUCACAGGUCUAAGCUGUAAAA